UGGACCGGCAGCAUCACACACACACACACCUGACAUCUGGAGAGACUAACUUUUGGAAGUGUUCAGAGUUGAGUCUCGCAGAUUCAGAACAGUGAUCUGCGGUUGUAAUUGUGCCACCAUGCCAGGAUUAAUGAGGGCGACCCUCCUGCUCUGUGUCCUGGCUUCAGAGGCUCUGGGUCAAGGUACAGAGAGGAGAGUUCGACCAGACAGGAGCAGGAGAGACGCUUUCCUGGACACACAAAGUACAGGCGUGACCGAGUGGACGUCUUGGUUCAACAUUGACCACCCUGGGGGAAACGGAGACUACGAGCGCCUGGAGGCCAUCCGCUUCUAUUACAGAGAGCGAGUGUGUGUGAGGCCCACCGCCAUGGAGGCCAGAACCACAGACUGGGUAGCGGCCACAGAAACAGGAGAAGUGGUCCACUCCAGUCUGGACAAAGGGUUCUGGUGCAUCAACAAAGAGCAGCCCUUCGGUCGGGUUUGCUCCAACUACCACGUCCGAUUCCAAUGUCCCCCAGUGCAAAGCUACUGGACUGACUGGAGCGAGUGGGGUCCUUGUUCUACCACAGUCUGUGACGAUGUGGGCGUUCAGGUGCGCCAGAGGAAAUGUGUCAGCACACAGCCCACCCCACUGCUGCUGGUUCCAGCAUGUCAGGGUCACCAUUCAGAGAGGAGAGAGUGUGCAACACCGCCGUGUCCAGCUGAGUGGGGUCGAUGGGGUCGGUGGGGGACAUGCUCCGCGACUUGUGGCGGAGGGCGCAGAUCAAGAAGGAGGACCUGUGUGAGGACCUCAUCCAGCGUACAGUGUACUGGACGAGCAGUUGAAGUCCAGAAGUGUGGUAGAAGUCCAUGUCCAGUCAAAUGCCAGCGUGUGUGCACCGAGGGCCGCCCCAGUGAAGACUGCAGCAGCUGUGUGUGUGACCGUCAUGUACUUCAUGGUGAAGUCCACACAGUGACUGGGGUCCCUGUGGAAGGUGCCCAGGUUUUCCUGGCCAAGGAGCCAAAAGUUGUCCGUGCACAGACCGAUGAAAAGGGGCAGUUCAGACUCCAAGGACCCUGCUCUUCUGACGUGAAGUUAAUCACCAUCAAGAAGGAGAAGUACGCUCCAAACACCAUGUCUCCCACCAGCAAUACCACAGGGUCGUGGUGGGUACGAGCGGUCCUCAAGUCAGCCGAAAAGCCGUACAUUGUGAAACACCCGGAGGAUAAAGUGCGUUAUGAAGGAGGACGAGUUCUGCUGUGCUGCAAAGCUACAGGAUCUCCAGUGCCUGACAAGUACUAUUGGUACCACAAUGGAACUUUGCUGGACAGAAAGAUCUACAAGUAUGAUGAAGACCUCGUGCUGAAGGAUCUGAGCACUGACCAGUCUGGACAGUAUUACUGCAAAAGCAGCAGCGCAGCAGGCAGCGCCAAGUCCACUCCCGCCUUCCUCACCGUCAUCGCCAGAGGAUCGCCUGCCUGCAGUUCCACCCCUGAGAACCAUCUCAUCCGACUGCCUGUAGAUUGUGUUCAACCCGGGACGGACUCCAUGUAUUACAACGCUGGCCGCUGCCCACACAACAAAUGUGCUGGCUCUCUUGACUUCGACAUGCGGUGCAGAGAUGGAAGCACUUUCUGCUGUGGAGUUCAAAACAUGGAAACUCGAAACAUCGACUGUGGAAGCUACACUCUCCCAAUCCGCGCCGUCACCGAAUGCAGCUGUCAGAAGUGUGUGCAGCCAACCGUGCUGGUCCGCGGCAGGGUGGUCACGGCAGACAAUAAUGAGCCUCUGCGUUUUGGGCACAUAUUCAUUGGGAAAGAAAGGGUGGGCACCACUGGCUUCCAAGGAGGUUUCACCUUGCAAAUUACUCCAGACACACAAAGGCUCGUGGUGAAUUUUGUAGAUCCCACUCAGAAGUUUAUUGAUACUCCUAAAGUGUUCAUUUUGGACAAAAAAGGUGGAUCUAUUUAUCAUGACGUGAAGGUGAUGAGAAAGCAGACGCCAAUUGAUAUUGAAGCAGGAGAAACCAACUCCAUUAACCUUGGGGAAAUCAAAGGCGAAGACCCCAUUGGGCAACUUGUUAUUCCGGCUAAUUCCUUCCACAAAGACAGUGGGGAGCUUUAUGAGGGCACUGUGAAAGCCAGUGUCACAUUCAUUGACCCGAGAAACAUUACUACAGCUGCUGCAGCACCUGGUGACCUCAACUUUGUGGACGAUGAAGGUGACAUGCUGCCCUUACGGACAUAUGGCAUGUUUUCUGUUGACUUUAGGGACGAGACCAACAAAGAAGUGCUGGGGGCCGGAGCAGUUCAAGUCCUUCUUGACACGCAGCAUGUCAAAAUGGAAGAUCAUAUUCCCAAAAUGAAGUUGUGGUCUUUGAAUCCAGACACUGGAGUCUGGGAAGAGGAGAGCCAAUUCUCAUACACCACUACGACUGGUGGUCACGGGCGGAGCAAAAGAGAAGAGCGCACGUUCCUCAUUGGCAACAUGGAGAUCAGAGAACGUAGGCUUUUCAAUUUAGACGUGCCCGAAAACAGACGCUGCUUUGUUAAGGUCCGCGCCUACAUGAGCGACAAAUUCCUUCCCAGUGAACAGCUUGAGGGUGUUGUCAUCAGCUUGAUAAACCUCGAGCCAAAACCAGGAUAUUCGUCAAACCCCAGAGCGUGGGGUCGCUUUGACAGUGUCAUUACGGGACAAAAUGGCGCCUGUCUGCCAGCGUUCUGUGAUGCAAUGAGGCCUGAUGCCUACACAGCUUAUGUCACGGCUAUGAUGGGAGGUGAAGAAUUGGAAGCGGCUCCUUCCUCUCCAAAAAUGAACCCAAACAUAAUUGGAGUGUCUCAACCUUACCUCGACAAAAUAGACUAUCAGCGUUCGGAUCACGACGAUCCAGCUCUCAAGAAAACGGCCUUUAAAAUCAACCUCCCAAAGCCAAACCAAAACAACCUGGAUGAAACCAAUGGACCAAUAUAUCCUUAUCAAAGUAUGAUUGCUUGUGAAAAUGCUCCAGUGGAUGCAAAUCACUUCAGGUUCUUCAGAGUAGAGAAGGACAAGUACGAAUAUAAUGUCGUCCCAUUUGAGGAGAGCGAUUUGACCACCUGGACCGGGGACUAUCUUUCCUGGUGGCCAAAUCCACAGGAGUUCAGAGCCUGCUUUAUCAAAGUGAAGAUCCAAGGACAGAAGGAAGUGAUGGUCAGGUCACAGAAUCAUGGAGGAACACAUCGCCAGACCAAAGGAAAACUUUACGGUAUCCGAGAUAUCCGCAGCACCCGGGAUAUGCGAGAAGCCAACACUUCAGCCGCUUGUGUGGAGUUCAAAUGUAGUGGGAUGUUGUUUGAUCAAGCAGAGGUGGACAGGUCCCUCAUAUCUAUUCUUCCGCAGGGCAACUGUCGCAGGAUCGGCACCAAUGGCCUCCUACAAGAGUAUCUGAUAAAACACCCACCUGUCGCCAUCAACAACGAGUCCCAUGCCUUCUCUAUGCUUGCCCCAGUGGAUCCCUUAGGCCACAACUAUGGCAUAUACACCGUUACAGACCAGAACCCGAGGGUGGCCAAAGAAAUUGCAAUUGGUCGUUGCUUUGAUGGCACUUCCGAUGGUUUCUCUCGAGAGAUGAAGUCUGACUCUGGAGUAGCAUUGACUUUCAGCUGUCCGGAGAGGAAAAUAACAAGGGAGAGCCUUUUCCAGCGUCUGCAAACCAAUCCUGGUCAAACACUGUCCCAGAUGGCCCGGGACAUGAGAGAGUCGGAGGGCCUGCAAGUGCAGAGGUCAUCGAGCCAGGUGGUCGUGUAUCCGUCAGAGCAGCAGAGCAGGACGCAAGGCCGAAGAGUGAGCAGUACAUCCAGAAGGAGGAUGGUCAUGCGCUCGCAGCUGCGCCAGUAACUGUGCUAAUAGAUCUUCAGGAACUGUGACAAUGGCUUUAUGUCGUGGCUGUUAAAGAAUCCAGGUUGGUGAUCAGUACGAACUUCCUCUUGAGUGAAGGAAACUACAAAACUGGAACGUCAUCGUCUCAACAAAUACGUUGAACGUGAUGGAGGACACUCAUUAAUCUUACUUACUUGAACAUUUAUCUUAAUUAAUUCUCGCCCUGCCCCUUGAAAACCAUUCAUCUUAUUUGUGUAUUUAAUGUGGUGACUGGCACGUAUUUGAAUAGACUGGAACUGUUUGGAGACACAGACUGUUUGACAUUUUUCUGACGUAUCUCAAUGUUUGAGUCGAAACCCACCGUACUUCCCCUAAACACUUUGUUGCAAGACAGAUCCAGAACACCAUGUAAUGAGCCACUGUGCCGGAAAUUCCUGAAGGAGGCAGACAUUGAGCCUUUUAUCGACAAACUCAGACGCUCUCCACACAAACAUGGGACACGUCAUUUGGUUGCAGUGCGUUGAGGCAUGCCAUCCGGUAAACAAGGGAUGUUUUCGCUGAUGCCUCCUACUGUUUUUCAUUAACAUGCCGCGGUGCCUACAGCGCCGCUGCCAAACACCCUCUCUCAGCAAAAGAUGCAACAAUCUCAGUGAUUGCAGAAAAGAUAAUAAUUGACUGUGAAGCAGGACUUCUGCAAGUGGCAAAUUCACAAGUGCUCUGCUUCUCGAGUAUUCUCACCACACAUCGCUGACUUUUGUUUGUUUCCAUGUUUGUGGGUGAGCAGUAUUUGUAUUUUUCUUAUGUGCAAUAUGGUGUUAUUCUUCUAGUUAUACAACAGAAGAGGAAAGAUAAUAAAUAGCGUUGAAUUGCAGAGCAACUUGGGGCCCGUUUCAGAGAGGUGGUUCAGUGAAAAGUUAGUUUUCCCGGCCGCCUGAAGCAGGAUCAGCAAAUCUCUGCGUCAGUUACUGAGGCAACAUACAGCGUGAAACUAAUCUGAUCGCAAGCAGUUUCCUGUUUAAGCGCAGAUACUGUCGGCAGAAGACAACCCAAAUUAAUGUUGUAUCACUCCCUGAUGAGAACAAGUCUGUCAAUGUUCUUUAAGAAAAUGUGCUUUUAAAACAACUGACCUUCCAUCUCACAUGCAGCAAGCAGAGGGUGUGGGACCAAGAAGGACUGACCAAUAGGAGCAAGACUAGCAGGAUGAGGUGUCAUUGGUGGAUCACCUUGGUGCAUUUUUUAAAGUUCUCUUAAAGUCCAACUUAAUGCUGCAUGUUAUUCUAUACUGUCCACAUUUCUUCUGCACCAAAACAACUACUACACUACUACAUUAAUAGUAUUCAGUCCCAUUCCUCACAUCUCCAGAAUAGAAUCAGAAACAGCUUUAAUGGCCAUUAUAACACUGAAUGAUAUACAGGAUUUUUUUUCUCCGACUGAUGGUGACUCUCAGUAAUUGUAGUGAAGUAUCACACUUUAAGAAUAGCAUGCAACGGUGCAUAUUUACUUUAUGUACACACCUGUAUGGAAUAUACAGGACAAAGUGCAAAAGUGUGACGAUAAUUUUUUGUACAAUAACUUUGUGUACAAUAGCGAUAAAUAUGUUCUACUCUAUGAAUGUUCAUAUGGAAAAUAUCUUUAUUUUUCUUAUUUUUAACACUUACAUUGACUCGGUCACCAUUCUUCAUCACGACACAGUGAUUUCUGUUUCCAUCUUGAAGCAAAGUGGGUGGAGCCACACUCCUCUUACAGGCGCUGAAUCUACUAUGACUUUGGGUGGACUGAACCAUAAAUCCCCCCUGAGUUUUGUACCUCAGAGUUAGACAACCCAUGCGUCCAUCUUUCUCACCACCUUUGGUUAACUGGCUUCUUGAAAUGGGCCCCUGGUCAUUCUGUCUGAAAAUACAACACAGUAGAGUACAAUACAGUAGAGGAGUCUAAUAGAGAAGUCAAAAUGCCUUUCACACGUCUUCAUUUCAUCAUUCAAUGUCUUCAAGCGCAGUUUUGGAUAUGAUGAAUGUAAAGCAAGGGGAAGCCACUGGAGCGUUACAGGUUCGGGAAUUAUCACUGCUCAUGUUAUUUAAGACAGACACUUCCUGCUCCUACUAUCUGUCCACAAGUGCCUCACAAGACAACAGGUGGAAUCUAAUUCAUUAAAAGACAGAAAGAUAAUAGAAUUAACGACAAAGUAAUUAACUAUAAUGACAAUGUAAUUAACUGAUAUCAGGAGCAACAUUGCGUCUCAGAAUAACAUUGCACUUCUACUGCUUGCCACAAGUCUAGUUUCAGGACAUCCAUGCACAGUUUGUCAGGCCCAUGUCUUGGACUUCAACAUUUGCCCUCAGCGUGACUGAGUUUGACACCCUUGGUUUGCAUACUAUCAUAGCAAGUCAAAACAGUCCCAGGAGAAAUAGGUGUGUCUUUGAGACGUUUUCAUGUAGACGGUCAGGUGGGUUCCCCAACAUCGAUGUAAGCUUCCCCAAUACAUAGUCGCUGACGUCUGGAUCCAGCAAGACCUCCAAGAACAGAACUGGCCUUUGGGCUCAGUGUAUUCCUGAUGUUUCGUCCAUGCUGUACAAAAGUAUCUACGAAGAGGAAUGUUUUGCAAUAAAGCAACUUUAGCACUUUAGUUUCCUUCAUUUUAAACCACUUCAAUGGAGUGAGCUUUAAGCAGUCUUGGUCUGACAGAGCCAUGAAGGUUGUCCACAUUCUGGAGAGGAGGGGCCUGAUAAAUGGAAAGCGACUUCUGCCUAUCCACAUUUACUUUAGCAGGUGUGGAAUAAGAAAUGAUGAGCACAAAAAGAGACAAAUUGAAGUCAUUUUUGAGUCGUAACUAAAUGAAUUUAGCUCUUUCAACCAUUGCCUGCAUAAACUGUAAGCUAAAAAAGGUGCAUAAAUGCUACACAAAUAGAACCUUAACUCAAGCCCAUUUUGCAUUUUUGAGACAAAGCACUUUCUUCUAAGCCCCCCUCCCAAAAAAAGAAGAAAAAAAAACUCAGAGUGACACUUCCUGGUAUCCCGGUUAUUAUCACUGACCUCUCCAAUUACAAGCCAGUGAGCCAUCCAUGACUGAAGGGUUCAGAUGUGCAGAUGAAAACAAACUUCACCCUGCAGCAGGAGCCGCAUCUAACCGGCAAAAAAAGAAAAUAAUGAAACCCAGAUGUGCGAAGAGAUAAAUUCUAUCCCAAAAAAAAAGGGUUGAGGUCAACGGAGAGGACCCAACAUCUGUAAAGCAACUGGAGGAAAUGUUAGACCAAAGAGGGGCAAGAUUACCAAGAGAUAGCUUUAAUCGUAUUGGGGGAGUGUUUGGUAAAGGUAGAAUGUUUGUGGUCCGAGUCAAUCAUGGGAAGAAUCUUCAAAAGUGGUUGCACAUGGAAGCAGGCCGGCAGGAGAAAGUGCUUUGACGGCAGGGUCAGAUCUACCCUGAAUGGAGUUGUCGUGGUAAGGACGAGGAAACAAUAAUACCAUGAGUGAACCAUUACGCAAGCUUGGAAAAGACUCCCUUAUACAACUGCUUUGUCUUCUGGAGGACUUCAAAAGAGAUUUAACAGACAAAACAUUUCCAAAGUUUUCAGAUUCUAAUGAAGAGAGUUUAGCUCAGAAUCCACCAGAUAUGUUGGACAGAAGUUUCGAGGUAGAAUGUUUAUCUUCGUAAGUCUCUGUGGGAAGGCCUUCUUCUUCCUUAUGAAAAAGAUCAAAAGGGUUAUUUUAGAAUUUAAACGUGUAUGUUUUGAUCUCCAGCCAUAUGGAGUGAAGAAUGGUCACACAAGCCUCAAGAUCUUCUCUGUUGGUACAAUUCCUGUGCUGUAAACACUAAAGGUUUUAAAUGUGAUUGGAAACGAAAACGUCAAGAUGUGUUUGCAUCCAACUUGAAAUACCACUUCUUUUCUAUGACGUAAUACAGUCAAUGUACCAGGUCGCCAUUCACAAUUCUCCAAAACAAAUAACACAUUACAUUUCAUCAAUAGCUCAAAAGCACCUUUCUGUCUUUUUUAUAUAUAUAUAUAUAUAUAUAGUUUCAAACAUGUAAGUAGCAGUAGCAUACAAGUCUGGAUCAUCUCUAGGAGAUCAUGAAAAGGUCAUACUCAAAACCUUUUAUAACUUACGGGACAGCAUGAAUUUCAUUUAUCAACUCUUGGCAGUUCAGUGAAACUAAUAUUAAAGUACUUUUUAAUGCAUGGGGAGUUUCUCAGAACUAUUGUGUUCUGGUAUGUAAAUUGUGUAGUGUAUAAAAUCCUAUACCACUGUACUAAAUAAUUGUAAAUAAAUGUC